GGUUGCUACACUUAAUCACCUCAGUAGAUAAUUUGAAACAAAGUGGGUGAGAGAUUACUUAAAUCUUUCUAUAUAAAGUGUAUAUCUAUAUUUUAUGACAUCAUAUAGGACAGUUCAGAAGUUAUGACUAUUUUGUCAUUUAAGGAAGGUAAUCUCAUUGUUUUGGCAAGUGUUAGAUUUAAUAAUUUGUACUUGCAUCUCUCUACUUUUCUAAUCCUUAUCAGGUUAGAAUCACCAAGUAAGAUGGCUGUAUCAUUUAUUCCUCCUAUGAAGCUUGGAUCUUCUUACAAACCAGUUCAAGAACUGAUCAAAACCACUGGCGAAGAGGUCCCAGAAAGAUGUACAUACCAGCUUUCGAGCAAACCAGUUGACCAGACUGAUAUUGAAUAUAUGGACAGCCCAAUGAUUGAUCUUAGCCUCCUUUCAGCUUUGUUGUCAUGUCAACACAAAGAAGAAUUACGAAAACUUAAAUCUGUUCUCAGUUCCUGGGGUUGCUUACAGCUUGUAAAUCAUGGUUUAUCGAGCUCGUUGCUUGACCAAGUGCAUGAAACUAGCAAGGGAUUCUUUGCUCUGCCUCUAGACGUAAAACAGCAAUACAAGACAUUGGUUUGGCUUGAAGGUUAUGGAGUUGAUCAAGUUUCAGAGGGUCAGGGCUAUGACUGGAAUGACAGACUUCGCCUCAAAGUUUAUCCUCUUGAUCACCGAAAUUUCAAGCUUUGGCCUGAAAUUUUACCAAAAUUUAGGGAAACAUUGGAGGAGUACACUAUGGAAGUGAGAAGAGUACUAGAAAUUAUCUUGAAAGCGAUUGCAAAAUUGCUUAAUUUAGAAGAAGACAUCUUCUUGAAAGAGUGUGGAGGAGCAGAAGCAAUUGAUAUGUUUACAAGAUUCAACUAUUAUAAGCCAUGUUCAUCCUCAGAUGAAGUUUUAGGUUUUAAACCACAUUCUGAUCUUACAGCAAUUACCAUUCUUCUACAAGACAAAGAAGUUGAAGGCCUUCAAGUUGAGAAAGAUGGCCAAUGGUUUAAAGUUCCUAUUGCUUCUAAUGCCCUUUUUGUCAAUGUUGGUGACCAAUUGGAGAUAAUGAGUAAUGGCAUAUUGAAGAGUGUAAUGCACAAGGCAGUGGUAGAUAAGGAGAAAGAACGGACAUCUGUGGUUAUGAUAUGUGCUCCACACCCAAACAAAGAAAUCGGACCGCUUAGUGAGCUUGUCAACGAGGAAAUGCCGCAGGUGUACAAAAGGGUCAAGAAUUAUAUCCAGCUUUGUUCUUCCAGCAUUAUCAAUAAAGGAGAAAUAGGCAUCAAUGCAAUGAAAAUCUAAGCUAUCCUACUACAAUAAGUUGCAAUUUGAUCAUUGUGUUAUGCCCUACUGCCAGGGACUUAACUCUGAUCCCUAGAUACAACCUACUCAUCGAGUACUCGUAGAGUCAUAGUAGUAAUUAAUGAUACUACUACAUUUACAUGUUACUUGUAGAAGUUACGAAAAUAAAUAGACUACACGUUUCGGACUUAUUGCCACAAACAUUUUUGCAGAAUUUAAGGUAUAACUAAACCUUAAAUACCUUUUGAUUGCGUGAUUUAAUAAAAAUCUAUGUAUUGGUCGAUCUUAUAUGUC